AGAAAAAGUAACAUAACAUUCAACCAUCAACAGCAAUAACAUCAAGUAAGAUUUGGGGGAGAGUGCGACUUCCACUUCGAGGCUAUAGCAUUUUUCGCAGCUGCUAAGAGUGACACUAUCAACUCUUUACUAUGGCAAGAGACUGUGUUUUCUCCGGGAAAGCACUGUAGUAAAGGCAUGAGUACGGCAGCCCGGGAAUGUGGAUCCCCCAAGGAGAUGUUUUGGGGCUCUUCGGUAGGCAUGAGCCUUCCUGGCAUCUGUGAAGAGCUGAGCAGAUCUUUUCCUUGGACAAACAAGAAAAGAAGGAGCGGUCUUUCCAGACUCUGCAGGAAUAAAGCAUCUUUGUCUGAAAAUGGAUGGAAUUCCUAUUGUUUAACUUCAUUAGCUGCCCGGAACAUCUGUACUAGCAAGCUUCAUGACUCUUGGACUCCCUUGGAAUCUGCUUCUCUUAACUGUUCAGUAUGCAGCAACUCUUCUUGUUCCCUCUUAAAUGCCCUGGUUCUGGGAGAAUCUACCCAGUCCCUGCCAACUUCUGUGCGUAACCCAAACAAAGCCAUUUUCACUGUGGAUGGCAGAACAACAGAGAUUCUAGUUGCAAAUGACAAAGCCUGCAAGCUUCUUGGUUACAGUAGCCAGGAACUGAUUGGCCAGAAAUUAUCUCAGAUGAUUUCAAAAUGCAGCUGGGAUAUAGUGGAGGCACUGAAUGAAGAGCGUGUUGAUGCUCAAGGACAUGUAGCAGCAGUUCCUGGAACUGUGGUAGAUGUUAUUUCUCAUAGCAAUGAAAAGAUCCCAGUCUCUGUAUGGAUGAAAAGAAUAAAAACUCAUGGUGGUCAGUACUGUGUGGUUGUUCUGGAGCCUGUUGAAAGACUUGCUGCCUCUGUUUGCUUCAUAAGCAAUGGAGAGAUAACUUCAUGUGACUCCCUUUUUGCCCAUCUCCAUGGCUACUCAUCACCUGAAGACGUGGUUGGUCAUUACAUCACAGACUUAAUUCCUUCUAUACAAAUUCCUCCACCUGGCAAGAAAAUCCCUAAGAAUUUCAAGAUUCAGAGGUCUGUGGGCAGAGCAAGGGAGGGUACAACAUUUCCUCUAAGCCUGAAACUGAAGGUGAACUUUCCUCCUGAAAAAGCUACAACUGUACAAGAUGACCAUAUGUCAGUACUUGAUUCUGAAAAUUUAGAAGACCGCAGAACAGCCUUCUCCAUGGAGUGUUCUUUCUCUGCUACUAUCUGGGUGUUUACCACUAUCAGCGGGCUGAUAACAGUUCAGGCGGAUGGUACAGUUUAUGGAAUCAACAAUGCAUUUUCUUUAAUGCUGUUUGGCUAUGAAAAAAGGGAAUUGCUGGGAAAGAACAUUACAUUCCUGAUUCCUGGAUUUUACAAGUACAUGGAUAGAGCUGAUGAAUCUUCUUUGCCGUUGCCAUCUCUUGAAGAUGGUGCAGAUGCAGAAAAUGUGAGCUGCUCUGGAGCCCAGGUGGAUGCCUAUAGCACUACGGAAGGUGGUGAAGAUGCCAACCUGUUGAUUGCUGGAGAUGUGGUUUUGCCACUCCAGGAAGAACAGCAGGAAUUACCAAGGAGUGAAAAAGGUGUCUGUACUAGGAAGGAAAGCCAGCUGCAGAGUGUGGGUAGCUUGUCUUUUGUUCUCUCAUCUCCCCCAGAGAUCUCCAUGCCACUGGAUGGAACAGACUACACGCCUGUCCAUGAUGAUAUGCCAGCCUGUGGUGAAGUAUUGCCUUCUGAGAAUCCACAUGUGGAAGGAUUCAUUGAAACAGAAAAUGUAGAGCCUGUUGUCUCACAGCAGUCUGAAGUACAUUCUCCAAAACAAUUUUAUUCAAAACCAUGUGUGUUAGGUCAAGAUAGAACUGCAGUACUAGAUAGCGAUCUUGUCAGCAGUUCUUCUCACCUAGUUCAGGAAGAAAGUGAUAACCCUUUGGAUACACAUAGUAUCAUUUCAGAGUUUCUUGUGGUGAACAAGAGAGGAGAGAAGUCUGUCCUGUGCAGUCAGAUCUCUGUUGGACAGGCAGUAGAGGAUGAUGAUUUAGGACUUGAGAUGAGUCUGCCUUGUGACGCUGUGCAUAUGUCAUUUGGGACUCCUAUACUGGAUGAGCCAAUGCGUAGAACUGUAUCUUGUCCUAAACAAAACGAAGGAGAAAAAGGUGACCUUCCAGACACAAAUCUGACAGGUAGCGCAAAAAGUCGGAGCUUUGAAAACAUUGCCCUUGAAAAUACAGCCUUCCUGCCUAAUGAAAGAAGCAAUACCCAUCCUAUUUCUGCAGCAUCACAAGAUACUUAUAAUGUCUCUUCAUUGGCAAGUGUGGUUAGUAACAAGGUAGGUGAUGAUGUAGCUGCUGUUUCCUGUGGCCUGACCAAACUGUCACUGAGGAAUCAUGCACAGGCGAAUUCAGACUCUUGUGCUUCCUCAGAAUCACAGAAGAAAUACUUGAUCAAGGAAGAAGGUCUCAGACUGCCCUUGGACCUGGCAGAAGAAUCAUUUGCUCCUGAUCAGAUACAGUUCCUUAUGAGUGGUGGUUCUCCAACAAGCUACCGGAAGAGCAUGAUCUCUUCCAAACAUUUGGUGCCUUCAAACAAAGAUAUAUCUAGAUGCUGCACUUCAGAGACCGAAAAUGCCACAGCAAGCAUGGGGGAUCAUGUGGAAAGACCUUCACUGGAUGAUGCUUGUUCCCAAGAAGAAUUUGUGCCAAUAACGCAGCAGAGCAUGGCACAGAUAACAUCAACACCUGUGAAACUAGAAGCUGUGCGGUCCCCAACAAGUAUUUUAAACUGUGAUAUUUUGGAAGGCAGCUAUUCGGGUAACUGCUACCAUAGAGAUGGUUCUCGACUUGCUAUAAUCUUUGAAGUCAAACGUGUGGAACUGCAGGACCCUUCUAGUCUUUUCUGUGUUUGGGUUAUGAGAGACCAUUUCCAGAGCCAGAAACAAGCAGCAGCCAAGACACAGAUGCUUCUUUCCAGUUUGGCCAGUUCUUCCCAGACCUUAGCUGAUGUGUCUGCACUCAGCUUGGUAGAAUUGAUCAAAACAACAUCCUUAUUUGAGAAUUCACGAAGAACUGAAGAAUUAGAAAGGCUGAGAGCUUGUGAGGGAGAAUAUGGGAAGAAAUAUGACACACUUGGUCUCAUUGGCAGAGGAGCUUUUGGUUUUGUCUGGACAGCCAGAUGCAAGAAGGAUCACAAGGAGGUUGUUGUGAAGUUCAUUUGGAAAGAUAAGGUGUUGGAUAACUGCUGGGUAGAUGAUCCUGAGUUGGGGAGAGUUACUCAAGAAAUUGCAAUUUUGGUAAAAUUGCAGCAUCCCAGUAUUAUAAAGGUGCUAGAUGUAUUUGAGAACCGGCAGUUCUUUCAGCUCGUGAUGGAGAAGCAUGGGCCAGGUCUGGAUCUUUUCACAUUCAUUGAUAACCAACCCAGUAUGGAUGAGCCUUUGGCAAGUUUUAUAUUCAGACAGCUGGUGUCUGCAGUGGCUUAUCUACGCUAUAGGAAUAUCCUUCACAGGGAUAUCAAGGAUGAGAACAUCAUCAUUGCUGAAGAUUUUACUAUCAAACUGGUAGACUUUGGCUCGGCUGCCUACCUGGAACCGAACAAGCUGUUUUACACAUUUUGUGGGACUAUUGAGUACUGCUCUCCAGAAGUUCUAUCAGGCAAUCCAUAUCUAGGACCAGAACUGGAAAUGUGGUCUCUUGGAAUCACCCUUUAUACGUUAGUCUUUGGAGAAAAUCCUUUUUGUGAGCUGGAAGAAACCAUGGAGGCUGUCUUAAAACCUCCCUUCUGUGUGUCACAAGACCUGAUGAACCUCUUGUCUGGACUCCUAUAUCCUUUUCCAGAGGACCGCACAACUCUAGAAAUGUUAAUGAAGGAUACUUGGGUAACACAACCUGUGAAUUUAGCUAAUUACACCUGGGAAGAAGUAUAUGCUUCUGCCAAGCCAGAAGGCAUCCGCUUCAAAAUUCAUCCCACUGCCUGCAGUUAUGAUGGCACCUGGACAACUCCAAGCCUGGAUAGUGAGCAGAGCGCAAAUGAUGAUCCCAGUGCGCACAGGCUGGUGGAACCCCAGCCAGAAAGCACUACCGCUGCGACUGAUCAAGAGCCAUCAACUUCUGUUUAUUGUCGAAACUACUGAAAUCUGUACUCUGGACAUUUAACUUUUGCUGAAGAACAUCUCCUAUAUCUUCCUUGGGAUCUUAACAAAAAAUACCAAGAAGAUGCACAUAUCUGUAUUGUGCCAAUUCUGACAAAUUUACCAGCUGCAGGCAGAGAAUGGCUGGGAUUGUAGCCAUUCACCCUGUCUGCUGUGAGUGCCUGUCCCACUUCUGAGCCUACUGGCUGUGUAUCCUUGGGCAUCUCAUUAGCACAGUGGCUGUAUAUGGCUGCUGACCUGUGCUGGCUCAAUAUAUCAACAUGUUUCAACAUCUCCGCAUGUAUGCACACAAAACUAGGGUGCUGACCAAGCAAUUUGGAGUGUUGUAUAUAUGGACACAAAUAUGAAAAGAAGCACUUGAGCAUGGAAAUAUGGCAGGCCUGGGGAUGCGAUGGGCCACUCUCACUACCAUGCAAUGCAUUACCAGUAAGCUUAUUCUGCAUAAAUGUUCCUUUCAUUGUUGUUAAUAAGCAAGACUAAAGCCUAUGUUGUCCAGAGAUGCUCUGACGGGGCCGGUUUUUUUUUUUUACUUCAGGCCAUUCUACCUCUACUGUUAUGUGUAGCAAGGGUUUUUUAAAAAGGCAGCUAGGUACCUCCUGUUUCUUCUCCUUAACAGAUGAUGGUUGGGUAUGCAUCCUGUCUGAAAUACUUGAUAAUGUGACUUAAUAACAUGUAAAUGGUCUGUCAGCUUGCUUCAGGCCUUUUCUUGCAAAGUAUUUCCAGUGGCUAUCCUAACUUGCUCAUCCUACCAGUUGGAGAUUCUUUACCAUUCAAAACCAAUUAGAGGAUUCAGCUAGAGUCUAGAACACUCCCAUGCUUGGGGCUUUUGGAUGAUCCCGCUUGAGAACUUUGCUCCUCAUGUUGGAGGUAAAACUGUAGCUGAUAGAUCCGAGUGUGAUGGCAAAGGUUUUCUGCAAGUAAAGAGAAAAGACAGAUUGUCUACAUUUACUGUAGUUUAGUUUACUGCAUUUCAAAAUAGCAAAGAACUCUGGUCAGACAUUUCUGUGAUUUGGUUGUUAAGGUCCUGAUUCUGUUGAAGGAAGCAGGCCUCAGAAGGCUCACAUCUAGAACAUCCUUUCCAUUCCUUUUUCUUUUUAAAAAAACCCACCUAAAAUUAGGUAUUUUUAAAAAAAAUACCCAAAUGUUAUGUUGACCCUGGGGAUGAUUUGUGAACUGCUGAUCUUCAUGAGAGUAUUCUGCGUUUUUUAUACAAGCCACAAAGCAUUGUCAAAGUUCAUUUUAUAAUUUUAUUUUAAAGUUUUUUGGGAACAGAGUACUGUUUUUCAAGUAAACUAGAUGCCUGCACAACACACAAUCAUUUUUGGUACUUUCCCUAUUUUUGGAUGAUCUGUUAGAUGCAUUCUUUGAAUAGAGCUGCUUUACUUGUAUUUGGCUCUAAUUCAGGAAGCAUGAGUUUUAUUAAUAAAACUCUUUCACAUUACUCUUUACAGAAUAAGCUUUCUAACUUUUUAUUAAACACCAAUUUAGAAGUUGCUUCUGUGGAGCAUGUUGCCAGUUCUGUACUGUCUAUAGUGACUUCCUUUCUGUGGUCUUGAAGCUUCCUGGUCUUGAACCAAUCAAGUGAUAGAGAACAGACGAAGUACUUCAUAAAGCCUCUUUUAAUCUUCUGCUGCACACACAAGUAGGCAUCUCCAAGCCAGUAAUCUAAAAUACUCUGCCCCUAAAGAUGUAUUUAUCUAUCUUGAUACUCAUUUUUAGGGUACAUGCGUACCUUUACUAACGGGAACCUCGCUUGUCUGGAAUUCUAAAAUGGGUUCCAAGAAAUAUUAAGGCCAGUUAUAAAUGAAGUAACCAGAGAGUCUUCCUUGGCACUGCUCCAUCUUGACUGAUUGAAAUGUGGUUGUGCAAGCCUCAUGUCUUGAAUUUUGAAGCACGAGAGAACAUUUAGUAUGUUUUUGAUUGCUGUGACUUCCAUCUUUAAUUGUGUUCUAUCACUUCUCAAGUUAACACAAUAAAUUUUGGUA